UUCAUUGGGAGACGAUAUGUUACAUGGGACUGCAGGCGGCACUUCCCGCUGGCAGCGGCCGGCGCAGCAGGGGUUACAGGGGCUGUUUCUGCGCCCGGCCAUGUGCUCUGCCAGGGGGCGGGGCCGGGGCUGGCCCUCUGUCCGGGAGCCGCGGCCGUCAGGAGCCCCAGUGGGGGCGGGUCCUCAGCGCACAACACCCGGAGAAACUUUCCCGAACUCCAGGGAGAUGCCCCGGGCUGCGCGGCGGGCACAUGACUGACGCCCCGCGGUCCCGCAAGCAGCGGCUGAUGGCAGCCGUGGAGGAGGCGGCGGCCGGAGCGGGUGACGGGGUCUUGUACUGCUUCAUCUGCGGGGGAGGGGUGCCCCGGGGGCGGGAGGUCCGGCUGCCAGUGCGGUGCCCGGCCCGGGAGGGUUGCGCCUUCUUCCCCUUCUUGCAGCAGCAGGAGCCGGCGCCCGGGGCGGAGCCGCUGGGUGCCGGGGGCAGCGCCCGGGUGUGCGCCGUGUGUCAGCGCUUCCUCGGGGCGCAGUGGGACGCCUUCGAGCGCAGCCGGACCCCGCUGGAGAAGCGCAUGUACUGGCUGAAGAGGCCCUACCAGUGCGGGGCGGACGGGGCCCGGGCGCACCCCCGAGACUGGAACCCCAACUACGACUCCGAGCUCUCCGACCUGUCCGACAACCCGCUGAGCGAGCCGGAGGAGGGCGCCGAGCCGCCCGGGAGGGCCCCCCGCGGGGCGUCCCCUCCCGACAGAGCCCUGCAGGGGGCGGAGACUGAGAGGCGCCCGGGGAGCUGCUACAUCUGCGGGGCCCCCGGGGCCGGGAACCUCCUGCACGUGCAGAAGCAGGAGCACAACCCCCAGGCGCCCUUCUUCCCCUUCCUGUGGCUGCACAGCCCCCCGCCCCGUGCCAGCCCCAUCACCCCUGGGGGCAGUGCCCGGGCCUGUGACAGCUGCUUCUCCUCCCUCAUGCAGCAGUGGCACAGCUUUGACAUGGCCAAUAUGCCCGUCCUACAGCGCCUCUAUGUGGUGCCCCUCACUGCCAGCCCCGGGCCAGAAAAGGGCACCCCAUCCCGACUCAGUGACUCUCACCCCAAGGGUCCAGGGCUGUGCCACCUGUGCGGAGAGGACUGCGCCAACCAAGGUAGACUGGUGCGCUCUAGGAUCAGUAACGGCAACGCCAAGUCCGCCAUGCACUUCCCCUUCAUCACCCAGCUGCCAUGCCCACCGGGGUCCAGAGGGCUGAGCCAUCAGGGUGAGGCGCAGAGCUGCAGGAAGUGCUAUGGGGUGCUGGAGGACAUCUGGGCCAUUUACAGGGCGUCCCAGAACGAGGAGCUCAUCACUUCAGUCCAGAGUUUCCUGAGCCGGUACCACCAGGUCUUCAGCUCCACCGAUGCCAGUCCGCCAGGUGGCACCCCCACCAGGAGGGCAGGGGUGCGUUGUGCCCCUUCUGCACCUACUUCUGUCUGCUACGUGUGUGGGGCCGAGCUGGCUCCAGGAUGUGAAUACCAACUCAGCAUCAACCCCCCCAACAAGUUCGCCAACAAGGAGCCCUUCUUCCCCUUCCUCACCGUUUACCCCCCUGCGCCCAGGGCCCGGCCUGCCGACUCCACCGGCCUGGUGUCCACCUGCGGCCUCUGCUACCACGACCUCCUGAGCCAGUGGUUCCAGCACGAGAUGAAGACCCAGCACCCCAGCAGCCCGUGGUCCCGGCAGUACCAGGUGGAGUCCUUUGUGUGUUUCUUCUGUAGGCAGGAGAAGCGGCGCCUGUUGGGGCUGAGGAGCGUUCAGUUGGCCCGCUUGCCCAUCUUCCUGCUGGCACGUCGUACGCCCUACAGCCUCUUCGUGGAUGAUGGAAAACACUUACUCGUUGGAGCUUGUACAGAAUGUAAACCCCUGGCAAUGAUGGGCACCAACGCGGUGGCACACAGCGGAGCAUCAACCACCUCUUCACCGGCCACCAGCCAAACCUGCAGCGCAGCCUCUCGCAUUCUUGGACCCAGCAGCUCGACCUCCAAGGUAACAGAACUUGAGCAGAAACCCAAAAUUGCAAAAGACCCCUCUACUCUACCGCAUAUCCAGGAGUCCUGCUUGGAUGCAGAGCGUGCAGAGCCAGGCACUACAG